AUGGAGCCACGUCACGUUUCGGCUCUGGCGGCCGACGAGUUGGUACGUCACACGCGCGAGUUGGUCGAACGUCGCAGCUCCGUUGCCGUCGAUAAUUUGCUGCAGCGGACACGCCACUCAUUGAGCGAUCGUAUGGCCACGUCCGAAGCCCAUCUCCCGAGCUUCAGUGUACUUCCCGACCACGUGAUCAUUGGAACAACUGUGCGCUUUCUGGACGUCUUCCGCGUGAGCGACCACUGCACCUUCAAGCUGCUCGUGGACACGGGCAAAGAGCAGUUUGCGAUACAGAGGCGCUAUUCUCAAUUUCGUGCGUUGCGACAGCAAUUGCUGCGGAAGGUACACGCGUCUGAGACAGCUCAGGAAAAGGGACGUGAGCGCCGAUGCCCCAACGGCGCGUGUCAAGUGCUUGCUCGGCAACUUGCCACGCUGAAAUUCCCACGGCGCAAGUUGAAGCUGAAGCUACACCGAGACGACGAUAUCCGGACUGCGAGAGAGCGACAGAUGCAGCUGCAGCAUUUCAUCGCGUCGACGCUUGCCGUGUACCGCAUGGCCCCGAAGCGCCAAGUGCGCUGCUGUGUCAACCUCCAGUGUCACGUACUCACUGCAAUUGGAUCUUUCUUGGACAUAAGGGACCUGGGCGAAGAAGAGCCGGCUGGAUGGACGUCGAACAGUCAUGGCACCGCUAGUUCUGAUGAAGUUCCACUGCAGGAUACGCCAUCAUGUCUGGUAGCUGGUGCGUCAUCGAGUAGCACCACAGAAAACGAUCUGAAUGAGUCACCCGUUCCACGGGACACGUCAAUGCUGUGUCUAGAAGAGCUUUUCACGAUUAUGGAGGACACGGAGCAUUCACAGGACACGGAAUAG